AUGCCGCCCACGCCCAGACUCCGCAAGCGCAAGUCUGCCGUCGAGAUACAAGAACGCGAAGUAAAGGAGGCCGAGCGCCAGUUCGCACGCGGGCGGGCUAAGAGCCGUGCGAGCCUCGAGAAUGCGACCGAGCCAAUGCGCGACAUGGUUGUCAAGGCCACGUCGAGCCGCGCCGUGUCGCCACCUCCUCCGCGCGGCACAAAGCGCAAGGAGCGCGAAGAGCUCGCCGUACCUGCCCGCUUCUCUCCCCCACCCAUCGACACGGAAGCGAGUGACGAUGUGCUCGACAGCUUUGCGCAGGCAAUCGGGGCUGGGCCAUUGGUCGGACGUCUGAUUUGGCGUGGGCUCGAGGAUGCGGCUGGCCUCUGGGCUAGUGUGGAGGAGUACAUCCUCUUCGCCCGGCAGCGAGGCGACCAAGCUCCGUUCUUCCCUGCCAAGCGCGUCACCAAGUACAUCGCCUACAAGGCGCUCAAGGAGUACAAGACGUCUGGAACGGUGAGCGCGCGCCAGCUCAAGCAUGAGAUGCGCGCCAUCGAGCGCAUCCACUCGGCGCUCGGCCUCAAGUGGGACCAGACGCAGGAGCGUGUUACCGAACUCGUCAUAAGCGGCGCCCUCAAGUCGUGGGGCGAGGCCGUCGAGGCACACAACGACCACGAGAGCGGGGACGACUUCGGGGGCAUGCUCUAG